AUGCUGUUUCUAUCUUCCGAGGUUAAGAAACGCACAGAGAUUGAACUUGAACGUUUUUUCAGCAGCCAAAACCGAAACCUCUACCGUCAGCUAGUUCAAAAGUACAUUGCGCUAGCAGUCCACGUGUACGCUGGGCCUCUCUCCUUUUUGGAGCUCUAUCAUCUUCAUGGUUACCAAUACUUAUUCCCUCAUUUAAUUACGAUGCUAAAUUGA